AAUGUACAUUGAUAGGAAACUGAGCUUUAAACGCGCAUGCAUCUGAUAAUAUUUGGAGCCUUUCAUCGUUCUACCUGUUUAGGCAUGUAAUAAAACAAAUGUAAGAAUAAAAGAAAAUCAGUUAUUGUCUGAAUCUUUAUAAUUGAUUUACUCUCUCGGAUUUACUGAACUAAUGUUUUCCAAUCUUCAAAAUAAUAAAUGGAUGAGUGGGUAAAAGUAGUCACCUAAUUCUAAGCAGCGAAACUGGAGUCCAACUGGAACAGAGAGUUGAAAAGAACAAAAUGAAGAAGUAUCACCGGUAACUUGAGAGUACACUUGUUAUGAUCGCCGCCAGCGGGUAUCAGUCAAUCACAGUAAGACGUUUAGGAAGGAAGUGGGUGAACAUCGUUCUGAAAGAUAAUAAUCGUUGUGGUACUUGUGAUAACAGAUUUUUUAACUUUGCCUAGAAGAGAUUGGCUCAAUGAUUACAGAUCCAGUUGUGUAAAUAACUACACACAAGUUAUUCGUUGUUAAUAAUUGCAAUUUCCCAUUAUGAUGCGUUCGAAACUGUCUCUAGAGCAAUUAAACGAGCUUUCCCCGGCAGAUUUUCACAAAAUAUUUGAUAAUGUUGUUGAAUGUUGGCCCGAGGCGGCAAUAUUCUGUUCCGCAAUGUUGCCUUUCAAGAGCUUCGAUUCGAUGAUCUCAAUUUUCGAAAACUAUCUGCAGAGGUUGAGCACUGAAAAUAAGCUGCGUAUAUUGCGGUUGCAUCCAGAUCUAGCUGGAAAACUAUUGGACACCCAUCAGUUGACAGAAGAGUCAAGCUUGGAGCAAGCAAGUGCCGGGCUGGAUAAGUUGACACCUGGAGAUAAGGCACGGAUGACAACGCUGAAUGAGGAGUAUAAGAUGAAGUUUGGCUUUCCGUUCGUGAUCUGUGUUCGCGAAGCAUCCAAAUUCGAGGCGAUUCUCACUGGUGUGACCGAACGAAUCAACAACAAUCCAGAAAUAGAGCUUGACAUCGGUAUCGGUGAAGUAAAGAAAAUUUGUAGAUUAAGAAUUUUAGAACUAAUUAAUAAACUAUAGAAUGAAGAGUUGAA